GGCGCGACGCGCUCAGAUAUACGGAGCGAGCCCGGGGAAGCGGUCUCAGAUCCUGACGGUGCAGCCGCCCGCAGCCUCAGCCAGGGAGUCCCAGCCGCUUUCAAUGGAGGAGAAGCCCGGCCAGCCACAGCCUCAGCACCAUCACAGCCACCACCACCCGCACCAUCACCCCCAGCAGCAGCAGCAGCAGCCGCCGCACCACCACCACCAUUAUUAUUUCUACAACCACAGCCACAACCACCACCACCACCACCAUCACCAGCAGCCUCAUCAAUACCUGCAGCAUGGCACAGAGGGCAGCCCCAAGGCCCAGCCAAAGCCGCUGAAACAUGAGCAGAAACACGCCCUCCAGCAGCACCAGGAAACGCCGAAGAAGAAAACAGGAUAUGGUGAACUAAAUGGUAAUGCUGGAGAAAGAGAAAUACCUUUAAAGAACCUGGGCUCUGAUGAAGCUACCACCCCUAUUUCCAGGGUCCUCAAUGGCAACCAACAAAUUGUAGACACUAACCUGAAGCCGACUAUAAAGUCCAGCACCUUUGGGAAAGCAGGAAUUAAAACUAGGAAUUUCAUUCAGAAAAACAGUAUGGACAAAAAGAAUGGAAAAUCAUAUGAAAGUAAAUCUGGAGAGAACCAGUCUGUAGAUAAGAGUGAUACUGUAACAAUUCCAAAUGGUGUUGUAACAAAUAAUUCUGGCUAUAUUACUAAUGGUUAUAUGGGCAAAGGAGCAGAUAACGAUGGUAGUGGAUCUGAGAGCGGAUAUACCACUCCUAAAAAAAGGAAAGCUAGGCGCAACAGUGCCAAGGGUUGUGAAAACCUUAAUUUAGUGCAGGACAAAAUAAUGCAACAAGAGACUAGUGUCCCAACCUUAAAACAGGGACUUGAAACUUUCAAGCCUGACUACAGUGAACAAAAGGGAAAUCGAGUGGAUGGUUCUAAGCCCAUUUGGAAGUAUGAAACUGGGCCUGGAGGAAUGAGUCGAGGAAAACCUGCUGUGGGUGAUAUGCUGCGGAAAAGUUCUGAUAUUAAACCUGGUGUGAGCAGCAAAAAGUUUGAUGAUCGGCCUAAAGGAAAGCAUGCCUCUGCUGUUGCCUCCAAAGAGGACUCGUGGACCCUAUUUAAACCACCCCCAGUUUUUCCAGUGGACAAUAGCAGUGCUAAAAUAGUUCCUAAAAUAAGUUAUGCAAGUAAAGUUAAGGAAAACCUCAACAAAACUGUACAGAACUCUUCUGUGUCACCAUCUUCAUCUUCAUCCUCUUCAUCAUCUGCUGGGGAAAAUCAGACCCAAUCUUCAAGUCGGUUAUCCCAGGUUCCUAUGUCAGCGCUGAAAUCUGUUACUUCUGCCAACUUUUCUAAUGGGCCUGUUUUAGCAGGAACUGAUGCAAGUGUGUAUUCUCCAGGGGGUCAGCCACUGCUAACUACUGCUGCUAAUAGUAUGACACUCAUCUCUGCUGCGAUUGAUCCAGUUCUCCAGGACAAGAGUCUGACUUCAGCAGCUGUUGAACAAAUUACAACUAGCCUUUUUAUCUACCCUUCAAAUAUGCAAACUGUGCUGGUGAGCACAGCUCAAGUGGAUCUACCCUCUCAGACCGAUCAGCAAAACCUGGGGGAUAUCUUCCAGAAUCAGUGGGGUUUAUCAUUUAUAAAUGAGCCCAGUGCUGGCCCUGAGACUGUUACUGGGAAGUCAUCAGAUCAUAAAGUGAUGGAGGUGACAUUUCAAGGGGAAUAUCCUGCCACUUUGGUUUCACAGGGUGCUGAAAUAAUCCCCUCAGGAACUGAGCAUCCUGUGUUUCCCAAGGCUUACGAGCUGGAAAAACGGACUAGUCCUCAAGUUCUGGGCAGCAUUCUAAAAUCUGGGACUACUAAUGAGAGUGGAGCCUUAUCCUUGGAGCCCAGUCAUAUAGGUGACCUGCAAAAAGCAGACACCAGUAGUCAAGGUGCUUUAGUGUUUCUCUCAAAGGACUACGAGGUAGAAAAUCAAAAUCCUCUGGCGUCUCCUACGAACACUUUGUUAGGCUCCGCCAAAGAACAGAGAUACCAGAGAGGCCUAGAAAGGAAUGAUAGCUGGGGUUCUUUUGACCUGAGGGCUGCUAUUGUAUAUCACACUAAAGGCAAAGCACUUUGUUUAGUUAUGGAAGACUUUGACAGGGUAUUUUCCUUUAAAGAACUUAAUGAAGUAGAGGAGAAAACAAUAAGUUUAUAUGAAAUGGAAUCUGUUUGGAAUUUACAGAAGCAAGAUCCCAAAAGGAUAAUCACUUACAAUGAAGCCAUGGAUAGUCCAGAUCAAUGAAGGACCAGACUGCCUAUUUGUAACCUUUCUGCAGCAUUAGAGCCACUGUUCAUGGGGGACACAAGGCUUUUAUGCUCCUAGAUCUUCAACGCAGCAGAGGAACCAUAAGUAGAAUCACAGGAUAAUAUAUACAAAUAUAUAUAUAUACAUAUAUAUAUAUAUAUAUAGUUAUUUAAAAAAAAGGCAACUGAAAGUAAUUAGACUUCUUAAGGAAUCAAAUUUAUUUCAAGAGACAACACAUGGUUAUUUAAUCUCCGGUACUGAAUAGUUUUUUUUCUUUUUUCUUAUGUUAGUUUUUGUUUUUAAGUGUGAAUGCAAGUAAUUAAUGAAUACAGACUUGUGGUUCUAAAGUUCCUGCUGUCAUCAAUUGGGCAACAAAUGACCCACUGGAAAAGCAGAUCCACUUAAGAGAUCUCUGUAUCUUAUUCUGUGACUAAAGUGAUACACUAAUCACAGGGAACCCAGAAUGAGUCAACAUUUUCUCCCACUCCUCCCUUAAUCUUUUGGUUAUGCUUUGAGCCCUGCAAGAAUGCUGGAUAAAUGCCUUGAAGUUUGCAGGAGUGUAUUUUUUUAGCAAGUAUGAUUUGCAUGUCUUGCCAGGAGUUAAGCAGCCUCUGUGGGGUGUUGGGGAAAUAUUUUCUUUCUUUUAUUUUUUUGUUGGGUGGGGUUAGGGGAGGGCAUUGAAGUUUUACAGUUCUGGAAUAGUUGGUGGUACAUAGUUCACUUGGCUUUUAGUUACAUAUUGGACUUUAACAAGUGAAGAAUCCAUGAGUGUCAUUUAAAGAAAAGUAACAUAACAAACAAUUGGCUUUAGAUAUUUAAUAUAAAAAAAUACUCCUGUGCCCAUCUUUUAAUGUAAUUAUAUAAGUGGGAGCAAAAAUAUAUUCUGCUUUUCAACUGUAGGUGCUCCAAACUUGCUCUCUGUCACUAACACUAAAUGUGCUGUUUUUCUUGUUUUUCAUCAAACAUCUAAAGAGAAACUUCUGUACCUUUUUGUAAAUUCUUUUAAUUUCUCAGAAAUAUCCUAAAGGGAAGAAAAAAUUCCAUGAAAACUAAAACUUUUAAUGUUUUUAGCCAGAGAGGAGAUAAUAAACCCUGCCAAUAGGAGAUGUGUUUUCAUGCAAAUUAUACUUCUGAGCUUAUUAGCUUUCUAAUUAUAUCUUAAUAAAUAUAUUUUAUUACUAGAGCAAAAUGGGUUUUUUUAAGAAAUAAUGUGAAACUCUGGAAAUUUUCUUUUGGGCAGAGAAGAGCAUUGACCCUGUCUUAUCACAUUGCCAUCUUGUUGCACUGCAGCUUGUAUAUAGCAUGCUAAAAUAAGUUUUUUUGUGUGUGCAGAAACAAAGGGUCCAAUUUAAGAUUGGGUGAUGUUAGUGGCAUAAAAACAAGUUCUCUGGCCUGAUAUAGCAUCACAUUACACACACAGAAAUUAGUAUAUCCAUGUAUGGCAGAUACAGGUUAAAAUAGCAGGGCAUUUCUAUAGAGAGGUGUAGUCUUCUAAUAAAAGUAGACUGGAUACCCUGGGUUGUUCAGGGAGAAAGCAACUACUUUUGCUCAACCCUGUUGAUUAAGAAAUGUCCAGUUUUGAGCGACUGUAGUAUGGAUGAGUUUUCUUGUUUUGUUGACUAUUUGAGGCUUUUAAGUAGUUUUUGAAAGAAGCUAUUGGACUCAACAUAGAAUAAAUAUCUUUAUAGUCUGGAUUUCUGCCCUGCUUAGAUUUUAAAAGUAUAAGCAUGGAUUGCCAAUUCCACUUGAUGUAAACAAAACUUUUUAUACAUAAUAUAUAUAUAUAUAUAUAUAUGUAUGUGUGUGUGUGUAUAUAUAUAUAUGUGUGUGUGUACAUAUAUACAUAUAUAUAUAUAAUAACUUAUUGUAUCAGUCCAGGUUCAGAAACUUGUGAUAGGCCAGUUUCAGAUAGUUUCAUUUCACCUGUAAACUGUAUCACUUUUACUGAUAUUGUAAUUUUUAAAUGUAUAAUAUGUUUACAGAUGUGCCCUGCAUUUAGUCUGCCUUGUUCCCAUUUUGAUUUUUGUUGAGUCUCCUGCCUGCUUGCCAAAAGCUAGGAUGCUUCAGGCCCAUGUACAAUUGAAAGCAGAAGCAUCCUUGAGCUUUAAAGCAUUGAACAAACUGGAAAUGCAAUGAAGUGAAAGAAGUCUGUGUUUUUGUGUUCUUUUUUUAAUAAAAAUUUUCAAAAAGUUUUUUUAAAAAACUAUAUAAGGUUGAUUAAAGGAAAAAAGGCUCCAGUUUGUUUUACAGGUUUUAAAGUUCUGCUGUGUGUUCAAUUGCCUUGUGUAACCACUUGUCGCCUUAGGGCCAGAUUCCACCCCCACCCUCCCAUGUCUCCUUCCUUUUUUUUAAAUUUCCAUUUUGCUUGCCUGGAAUUUUAAAGCUCUUUUGUCACAACUCACAGGAAACUUUCUGGGUUUGUGACAUACAGAGGUUGAAUUAAUAUACAUUUAAAAAGAAAAAAAAAUCCCAAACCAGUCCCCAUCUGAAUUGGGCUUUUAAAUUUAGAAGCAACACUUAUAAAAUAUUUCUAGGAAAUUGUUGCUUUCCUAUUUCCCUUCCAUAUCCCUCAGGCCUCCAUGUUUAGAGAAGCCAAAAAGAGAAUGUAUCCCUUCUGUUUGUCCAAAGGUUUUUCAGAGUCUCACAUCUAAUGAGACAAUGCAACAUUUCAUUUUGAUUUCACUGAAAUUUCCUUGAGUAUAUGGUUAGAGGUAUAUAGUUAGAAAUAUCUCUUAACCUUCUGGUAACCCUAGUGCCCCAUCAUAUUAACUGACAGUAUUUUGGGGGCAUUGGGUUAAUGGACUUAAUUGCUUAGGUACAAGCAGGACUUUGGGACAAAUUUCCUUUGUGCUGUUUGGUAACACUUAACUCUCUACUUGUCGCAAUCUUUCUCCUUAGGUCCUCACACAAUUCCUUACAGAGCACUUAUUAAAAAAAAAUCUUAAGAGUUGAUCUGUUUUCUCAUUAUUUUUGUGUAAGCUUCUAAAAAAACUUCAGCUGUGAUUAAUUUAGCACAUUUAAAUAACAUUAAUGUGUUAUUGUUUGGUAUAAAGAAUUUUCCUUCAACUCAGAGUAUUAGUACUGUAGCAUAAACCAAAUACAGUCUAGAGGGGAUUUUUAACAUCCCUCCAUUAUAAAGACUGCAAAUGGGGUGUGUGUGUGUGUAUGUGUGUGUUGACUGCUUGUGUGUGUGAGAGGGAAAGAAGGAGAUAUUAAAAGUUAGUAGACAAGUGUGUGUAAGACAUUAGUAUUCAGAGAAUGAACUUCUAUUUAUUUUGUGCCAUUUGUUUUCAUUACAGAAUAAAGUCAGGUGGUUUUAAUCCUUUAAGGGGUAGUGUUUGAAAAAUGGCACUAAGAAUGAAAUCAUGACCUAUUUUUUUAAUAGCUAUGAAGAUACUAAUUAUGGGUGAAGAUUUCUUUUUAAAAUCUGUCUUGAUUAUAGGCUUUUGUGUCACAUACCACUCUCUUGUAGAUGUCUUGAAUAAUUCCCCCUCCCCACAAAAGACAGGGUGUGUUUAUCUUUCUCUUUAUUCACUCCCACUUUGCUGAACUGAAGAUAAUUGCAUAGCCUUUCCUCUGACCUCCUAAUAAUGAACUUUCACAUAAAGUGUAUUUACAGCAUCUGUAGUUAGCCCUUUCUCCUCUGCCUUUGAGGAGGCCAUAGAAAAUAACUAGGAAUUUGUUAAUGCCAAAUAGUUUUUUUCUUGAAAUAAAUGGCUGGAAAGAUUCCAUUUUAGAAUUUUGUUGUUAAUCACCUGCUUACCUAGUCAUCACUCAGAAUCUAUAAAAGCUUUAUAAAGGAAAGAAGUGCUGCAUUGUUUUCUUCAAAUAACAGUUUCUAGGGAAAGUAUUGCAAACCUCAAUUAUGAAUGUUGUCCACAAUACAAUAUGUGUUUAUUCACAAAGCAGUACAUAGCAGUGGUGGUUUCAUCCUUAGUCAUUAGGUUUGUUGCUAACCUAAUUAGAGGGAUCUAAUAAUGGUUUAUCUUUUGCUGUACACUUUUUCAAACAUGAAAAAGCCAUUUAGUGUGAAAUUGUAUGUUACAUACCAAAAGGCCACAGGCAAAGAAAUCUGUAAGAGGACUGUACUUGAUUCUAAAUUCCACUAAAUAAGGAGUCAUUCUUUCAAGGCUUUCUUUAGAGAAAUAGAUUAAAAGUCUCAUUUACAAGGAUUAUGAGUGUAGUUAUGCCACUGGACCAUAUUCUCAAAUAACAUGAUCCCUCUUGUAUACCUAUGCUAACUGCAAAACAGACACUAUAGUGGGAAAAACACACAUUUGGACAAUAGUUUUUAUAAUAGGUCUGUUGGCCUGCACCAGUUGAAUUAGAUUCUAAUCAAGCAUUGUCUCUUAAGUCCUAGGUGGUACUGCUGAAUUUUAAAAGAAAGGGUAGGAUUUGCUUAACUUCCCAAAGUAUACAUAUUUGUUUAAAGGGGAUGGGCAAAGGACAAGACUAGAAGUAUAGCUGCUCAAAGUUUGCAGAGACACAUAGGUUAUCAGUUCUUAAUAUUGAUGUUAUUUUUAUUAAUGUGAUUAACAGGCACCAGGAUUCUUUUAUGGUGAGAAAGAUGGGCUUUUGCUUUAAGUAUCAUAAAAUGUGUGUGUUUUUUUUAAUAUACUUACAUCUGUUCAGAUGUGAGAAACAGGACCACCCUAUGUUGGUUUUUUAAAUGAUGAAUCAUUGGCUCCACUCAAAAGCAGUGCUUUAAUGUGUUUUAAAUUAAACUUCACAGUUUUGCUACUCAAGAGUCUUAUGAAUAAAUAGUGUUUCAAGUUGUAUGCAUAAUAAAAACACCCAGUGAAGCAUGAGUGGUAUGUUGAUUUUUGCAUUACUGGGAGUGUCAGCAGUUCUUGGCUAGAAGCCUAUGGAACAGCCAUCCUCACAUGUGAUGGGAUUGCUGAUUCAGACUUCCCUAUUUAUCCAUACAAUUGUGUAUGUCCAGAGUUUUAAAGCCAUUUUAUAAUACUGCAGUAUCCCUUUUCUACAGCCUUAUUAAAAUAGUUACAAAUGUGUUUUUUCCCAGUGCAGUAUCCCUUUCAUUGUAUAUCAGUUUUACUCCACAGACCAAUAAACCAACUUGAGGUAAAUUAUAUAGCUUUCCAUAUACCCUUUUUCCUCAGGUGCUAAACAAAGGCUCCAAAAAUGGAUACUGCUUUAGUAAUGUCUGCUUUAUUUUUAAAGUAUUUCUUUUGCUAGAUAUAAAGAUUUGGUGUUAACAAAAUGAUUUUAAUAUGUAAAUAUGAAUGAAUGCCUCUAGUUUGCCCCUGUUUGUCUGUUAUUAGUCUGUUUCAUUUAUCCUUUAAGAGGAGGAUCCUUUCAUGAUCUUGAAUACAUUUCAUUAGGUAUGUUGCAUUUUUAGAAUGAAAAUACAACUGUUUAUCUGUCUCGGAUUAAUCCUGCUGCUGCUAUGAGAAACUGAAAAUCAAAAAUGUGAUGCACUUUUUACAUUACAACAUACCAUACCUUUAUAGGUUGUUUUGAUACCUUUCCUGUAGCACAGCCAGUAACAAAAGCGAAUGAAUUUUAAAAUUCUCUUUGGGAGGGAAUCAGUACAAUUAACUUUGUGGUAUUGGCCUAUGAAGGACAAUAACGUAGGAAAAGAAAAAUUCUGUUAGUAUUACACUUUUUGGCCUUAAAAUGUCUUCUACUACUGAAAAAUCCUUUAAACUUAGUUUUGUUUCUAUUAUUUCCUCUCUCUGCCUCAAAAGGAGGAUUUAGGAAGAAUGGCUUAAGGGGAGUAGUAUUGGUUUGUUGCUGAUUUCUCUUUUAGAAAGAAAAUGUCUACUAUAUAAGCUGAGGACUUAAUUUUUUGUUUGUAUACAGAAGAGAAAUAAGGCUGCCCCAUGCCAGUCGAUUUAGUUUAAUUAAAUCAAUUAGAACUCCCAACUAUUCUGCUUCUCUAGUAUAUUUUUACUUGGCAAAGAUAAACAAGUAUAGUAGGAAUGCUACUUGACAAGAGAAAAGUCAUUUCUCAAGCACAUACCCAAACUUGAAGAUUGAACCCAAAAUAGGAGGAAAAAACACCAAAUGGGGUGGAGGAAUAUGAGAAAGAUAUGUGGUCCAAAGCUAUCUGGUUAUAUUUUGAUGUUGCCAAUAUUGCAAAGCCAAAUUUUAAUUUGCUUAUUUAAUAUAUUUCUUGGCCAGAGAUCUAUUUUUAUAUCAAUGUGCCUUGCAUGUGUAUUAAAAAAAUAAAUAAAUUGGAAAGGCCAUGUAGUAAUGCCUGAGAUGGUUGAUGGUUCUUACCACCUCACUAAUUUUUAUGCAGUAUGAAAUGCUCAUUCUAUCGCCCAACUGGUGCUCUCUGUUUAAAGUUAUAGAUCUUGUCACAAACUGGAACUAUUUUAUAAACUGGGGAAGUGAUUUAAUUUACUUUUAUUGUUUCUUUUGUUUGUUCUUAGUCUGUUAGUGGCUGUUCUAGUAGUGGGAAAUAGUAAAAGAACUCUUCACUCCCUUUCCCUCCUUCCUUAGCACCUUCUUCGAGUAAUGUGAUGACACCAUUUCUUGUGUGCUUUGAAAAGUUUCAGCUUGCUGUUUCCUUUAGUGUUAUUUAAAAAAAAAAAGUGUUAUAAAAAGCAUUGUUUGAAAAAUCUAGGGAGAUAACAGUCCGCUUUAAUUUGGAAUUCUAUGUGAGCUAUGAUCCAAGUUAUUGGCUCUUUCCAACUUUAAAAUUUUUUUACUGUUAAAGCACCUUGCUUAGAAAAAUUUAAAUACUUAUGUCUGCAACAAUUGUCUCAAAAUAAUGAACUGUGCAAUUCUUGUCAUUAAAAAAACUCUCCCUAAUGUGACUUGUUAGUUUCUCUGUAUUUCUUGCCAGUGUAAAUGUGAAAAGCUUUGCUUGCAUUACGUUUUAGAAAUGCAUUUUGCACACUCGAAUUUUGCCGAAGCUCCAUGAAAAGGUUAGAUCUAAGUAGAUGAAUAAAGCUAUGCACAUGUUUUGAAUUUUAAUUUGUGUGUCAUUACCCAAAGUGACUUAUCCUUAUUACUUUGCUGUUCUUAGCUUCACCAUUUUUAGAAACAUGGCUCAAAAUUAUAGUACUGGGCUAGCUUAUCAGUAGAAGCAAAAGAGAGGAAAACUGGCACCUGUUUUAGUAAACUUCAGUUUAAAUGAGAGCUUGACUUGUAUCUACUAAAGGGCUUUUCUUGAAACAGGGCAUUUUUAUCAGUUGUAUAAAUUGUUGGAUGCUCUUACUUCCUCAGUGAAAUUUUUGGUUUAUUUGAUCAAAUAAAAAUGGGAAGUAAUUCAAACUGAAAUGAAGGAAGGAGCUUAUGCCACAUGGAGUUCUGUGAUAAUUUUAUGACUUAAACCUGGUUUAAAGGUGUAGGAUGACCUAUUACCUUUAUGACUAGCAUAAAUUUGGCUUAAUGAAUGAAUGAUUGACUUGAAAUUAGAAUCAUUAUCUUGCUUAAAUAUCUAAGCACAGGUUGUCUUAAAGAUAAUGUGUAUCUUUUUAAAAUUAUCCAAGCUGAUUAGAACAAGUUUAGAAUUUGGUUAAAUUGCUGCAGUUUGCAUGUACUAAAUAAAUAGCUUUAUUUCACAUGUAUGUGUACUUAAAAGAUUCUGUAGAUUUACUGGCCAGGUUUUGUCAGUCAUCUUUUAAAAGAUUGUUUUGUAAUCUCUCCAGGACCUUUGUAGAAGAGGCUAAUAAGUUUAAGUAGAAGAUAAUACUAAUGGUAUUUUCCCCAUGCUUCUAGAUACAAAAGAAAUCCUUGUUUUAUAGUUUUUAAUUAUGUAUAGAAGAGUGUUACUUCUCUGUCAUCAAGUGUGCUCUUGAUGUAUUAUUGUUGACUUGGAAAACACAGCAGAACCCUUCUGUAUCUUCACUGAAAGUGACAGAAACGAAGUCUACUAGUCAAGACUCAAAAGGUGGCCGAUAAUGCACGGCCUCAGAAGGCAUAAAUGCAGGAGUGUAGCAUCAUCUUAGAUGGCUCUGGCUUCUCAGCAUCUGUCAGUAGUUUACUUAUGUUCAGUCUUGUGUGCAUCAUCAUUUAGGAGCUGAGUUACCUCAAUCUGGGGGAAAGGAUAAUUAAUGAACUACAAUUAUAUUAGAGGAUGUUUUCCUUCUCCCAAUUCAAGACUUUUUUUUUUUUCCCCCCACUGUUUGUUUUGCCCAGUCAAAAAGAUAGGCCUUUUCUAGGUAAAAGAAUAGUGGCCAGAAAUUUAUCCUUUUGCUAAAUGCUUAGGUAUUUGCCAUAGCUGUUUCUGAUAAGGAUUCUGAAGAAGUGUCAGUUACGUAAUGAUCUUCCUUUAUUGAUGUCUUACUUCAUGUUCAGUGUUUUAAAAAUAUAAAUUACAAACACUCUACAUCCAUACCAAGAUUUACUUAUUUUAUCAGAAAAAAACUUGAGAACUUUGUAGAUCCAAUUAAGAGACAAUAAGUGUACAUGGUUGAAUAAAAAAAUUUUAAAGUUU